GGCGUGCUGUGAUUGGGCGAUAAGGAGGGUGCGCCUCCCCGCGCUGUCAGGAGAGGCGCAAACAGAGUGCUGGGCCUGCGCCGGGGCGUCUGCUGCGUCCGACCACGGCCCAAUACAUAUAUCAUACUAUGCCGUCCCUUAUCGCCCUGCCCUUCUUGCUAGCCGCCCCAUUCCGUCCUUCGACAGAAGCCUCCUCCUUCCUGCCGUCUUCGUCCUCGCCGACACCGACGUGCACCCGCCCCCCGCCCCGACAGACCGACUCAAUAGCGACACCCCCCGCGAAGAGUAGCCAUGGUCAACAUCACCUACGAUGCCUCGGGCUCCAUUAACUGGUUUGACCCCGACUCGGGCGAGGUCGUGGUCUACAACCCCGGAGACAUGGCUUGGGUGCUCGCCUCCACCGCCUUGGUAUGGCUCAUGAUUCCUGGUGUCGGCUUUUUCUACUCCGGUCUUCUGCGGAGGAAGAAUGCGCUCUCCAUGAUCUGGGCAUCCAUGAUGACUCUCGCAGUCGUAUCUUUCCAAUGGUUCUUCUGGGGUUUCUCGCUAGCUUUCAGUGAAACGGGCAGUGCAUACAUUGGAGAUCUCAAAUACUUCGGUCUCAAGGGCGUUCUCGAGAAGCCCUCCAUCGGUAGCGCCAAGGUUCCCUCACUCAUUUACUGUGUCUUCCAGCUCAUGUUCGCGGCCAUCACGCCCAUGCUCGCCAUCGGCGCUAUUGCUGAACGCGGCCGGCUAGGCCCCACCAUGGUCUUCGUCUUCAUCUGGUCAACAAUCGUCUACGACCCCAUCGCGUGCUGGACCUGGAACAGCAACGGCUGGUCCUUCGUCCUCGGCGGCCUCGACUUUGCGGGUGGAACGCCCGUCCACAUCUCCUCUGGUACCGCCGCGCUCGCCAUCUCCGUCUUCCUCGGCAAGCGCCGCGGGUACGGGACCGAGCGCCUCGCGUACAAGCCGCACAACACGACCUACGUCGUGCUCGGCACGGUCUUCCUCUGGUUCGGCUGGUUCGGGUUCAACGGCGGCUCUGCGCUCGCGGCGAACCUCCGCGCGGUGCAGGCGUGCAUUGUUACCAACCUCGCGGCGAGCGUUGGCGGUCUUACCUGGAUGCUCUGGGAUUACCGUCUCGAGCGCAAGUGGUCCGCAGUCGGCUUCUGCUCUGGUGCGAUUGCCGGCCUCGUCGCUAUCACCCCUGCCUCUGGUUACGUCGGCUCGCCCGCUGCCGUCUUGUUUGGUGUUAUGGCUGGUAGCUUGUGCAACUUUGCCACGCAGCUUAAGUUCGUCUUCGGCUACGACGAUUGCCUCGAUAUCUUCGCGUCGCACGCUAUUGGCGGUUUGAUCGGCAACAUCCUUACCGGCCUCUUUGCGCAGUCGAGUGUCGCGAGCUUCGACGGCUCCGCGCCCAUCGCUGGAGGCUGGCUCGACCACCACUACAUCCAGCUCGGCUACCAGAUCGCUGACUCCGUCGCCGGCAUGAGCUACUCCUUCGUCAUGACCACGAUCAUCCUGUGGAUCAUGCACUUCAUCCCGGGCCUGAGCCUGCGCGCGACGGAGGAGGCGGAGAUCCUCGGCAUCGACGACGCGGAGAUGGGCGAGUUCGCGUACGACUACGUCGGCAUCGACCUCGGCGCGUCCGGCCACGACUUCCACGACGACACGCACUCGCACGGCGCGCUCCCCGCGACGACCGGCGGGCGCGAGCCGCACCACAUGCACUCCGCGCCGCACGUGAGCAAGAACCACGACGGGAGCAGCGUCGCCGGCUCGGACGUCGAGAAGCGCGAGGCCGCGGUCGCAUAGGCCCGCCCGCUCUGGUUGACUCGCGUUUCGCUCGGGUGAUGUUGGUACUGGAUCCUGCCGUGUCCAGCCUCGAAGUAUAAUAUACGUAGUGCACGUUCAUUGUCUUUCUAUUCGCUAUUUCUGCGUCGCCCACCCGCUGCGCGCGCUUUCCUCGAGCGAGGCGGUGGGAUGUGUUGGCGGGUGACGCGUGCGCUGACGCCGCGCGUGCACAUCACUAGUCGUAGACAGCUAUUCCGCUUACUUGCCUCUGUUUUUUGUCUGUUUUCAUUGUUGUGGGGGAUGUACUGUAGGAAGUAUACUCGACGAAUGUCAGUCGCAACUUG